AUGGCUGGUCGUGGCGGCGGCGGUGGGCGCAAGAUCUUGCUCCCACCUAUUAAUUUCAUCUUCAAGCUUCUCCAGACCCACGCGACCGUCAAGAUCUGGCUGUAUGAGCAAUUGUCAAUCCGAAUCGAGGGCAAGAUUAGAGGAUUCGACGAAUUCAUGAAUCUCGUUGUUGACGAUGCGGUCGAAGUUAAGCAGAUUACUAAGACAAACCCAGAGGAGAAGCGAAGGCCAUUAGGGCAAAUCCUACUCAAGGGAGACAAUGUAUCGUUGAUCCAGGAAGCUGUAUGA